UUUUUUCCACGUAUAAUUCAGCUGUAUGAUGCAUACGUUUAUGCUAUUUUAUCAUUGUGAUGUGUCCAUGACAAUUACAAAUAAAUUUCUCCAUGUUCCUCUGAUACUGGCUUCAACAAUAAAACCUAAUGGACUACAUGUGAAUUUUAAAUAGUGCCUCAUGAAUAUAGAUCAUUGAAUGCUUGCAGAAUUGGAUCUCUUUGCCUCUGUGUGAAUAUGUAUGUCAAUAAAUUGUCACCAGCAUGGGGUAGAGUUGCAGAAUCAAUCAGUCGAGAAAGUCAGGUAGAAUCACAUUCAUUGUAACUUUGACUGUCAUGACACUACUUGUCUGUUUUUGCUGGGGGGCUGGUACUGCAGAAAUGAAAACAACAUAGGUAAGCUGGUUUCAAAAGCUACUUUUGGUUUUGCAACAAAAUUCUGGGCUGGCAAAUUAAAUAGAUAGUGUUUUCUUGGAUCUGAAGUCUAAGAAACUGAAAGCAUGAGUACGGUUUGGCUGGAGGGUGCACAGACCACAACUGGUGAAAAUGUGUGGGUAGACGUGGGGGAGAAAGCAGGAGGUGCCCUUGAAAGACCUUUUUGUGCAAAUUGUGCAAACUCCUUCCUUGUUGUAUUUCGUUACUCUUUUGCACAUGUGAAUAUUCAGCUCCAGAGAGUCUUGACAUCGGAUGUGUUUAUACUGCAUUCCUAAGAAAUUUUUGGUUACAUCUAGUGGUUCCUUUCUGUGUAUAUAUUUGGAAUCCCAAGUGGUUUUAUUUUAGACUUAACAAAGGGUGAGGAGCUGCCUUGGGUUUCUUGCUCUGCUCGAGCUGUUCCAGAAGUGGCAUGGAGGCGUCCUUAGCUACUAAACUCAGAGGGAGUGAAAGUUGGCUGUCCUAAAACUAGAUAUAACCUUUUUUGUAUAGUGAAUGGGUUUGCCUGACCUGAAAAAAAUUACACAUUUGCUUGAUAUUCUGUCUUCACAGGUAUCCAGAGAGUUAAGAAUACUGAAGAAUGGCUUUAUCUACCUCCAUGUGCUUGGCGCAAAACUUUGUUUUGCUUCUGUUUGUAAUCUCCACAGUAAGCACAGCAGAAGCAGUUGUGGCAUGUUCUGAUAAGGAUCCUGAGCUAGAAAACUGGAACCCAGGUCACAAUGAAGAAAACCAUGUUGAAAUCCGUGAUGGCAGGAAGCUCCUUCUCUCAUCUUCUGCCACUGUCCACUCCAUCCACAUCACAGAUGGAGGAAAACUGGUUAUUAAAGACGACGUGCAGCCUAUCAUUUUGCGUACUAGACAUAUACUCAUUGAAAAUGGUGGAGAGUUACAUAUCGGCAGUGAGAUGUGCCCUUACCAAAGCAAUGUGGCCAUCAUCUUAUAUGGGCGAGCGGAUGAUGGCAGCCAGCCAAAUCCCUACUUUGGGCGAAAGUAUAUUGGAGUAAGUAAAGGUGGCACUCUUGAGAUCCAUGGAAAGAAAAAGUUAUCCUGGACUUUCUUAAACAAGACUCUCCAUCCUGGUGGCAUGGAAGAAGGUGGAUAUUACUUUGAAAGGAGCUGGGGCCAUCGAGGUGUCAUUGUCCAUGUUAUUGACCCAAAGACUGGAGCAGUUGUCCAUUCAGAUCGGUUUGAUACCUACAGAUCAAGAGGGGAAAGUAUGCGCCUUGCCCAGUAUCUGGGUAGGGUUGCAGAUGGCAUGAUCCUGUCGGUUGCAGUGAAUGAUGAAGGAUCUAGAAACUUGGACGACGCAGCAAGGAAAGCAAUGACCAAACUGGGCAGCAGGCAUUUCCUCCACCUUGGGUUUAGGCACCCAUGGAGUUUUAUUACCGUUAAAGGAAAUCCCUCCUCUUCUGUUGAAGAUCACAUCGAAUAUCAAGGUCACAAAGGGUCAGCAGUGGCCAAAGUAUUCAAACUAUUCCAAGCUGAGAAUGGAGAACAUUUUAAUGUAUCUUCAACGAGCGAGUGGGUUCAAGAUGUAGAGUGGACAGAGUGGUUUGAGAAGCCUGAUAAAGCAAGAUCUAAGGACACGGAGAAGCUUUCUGACUUCAAAGCUGCUCAUCCUGAUAAAAUCUGUAGUCAACCCAUUGAUAUCCAGGCAAUGACGCUUGAUGGAGCUAAUUUAACAACUGAGGUUUUUUACAAAAGUGGCCAUGAUUAUAGGUUCCUGUGCCAUGGUAAGGACCAGACAGACGCGGGUUGCCAGAACUACAAAGUACGGUUCCUGUGUGGCAAAUCUGUGAAACCCAAGCUUACGGUAACCAUUGACACCAAUGUGAACAGCACAAUCUUGAACCUGGCGGAUGAUGUGAGCUCCUGGAAACCUGGAGAUACGAUUGUGGUUGCAAGCACGGACUACUCCAUGUACCAGGCAGAAGAGUUCCCUGUACUGUCAUGCAGGGCCUGCAGGGCCAACCAGGUCAAGGUAGCAGGGAAAGCAACGUAUCUCCACAUUGGAGAAGUCAUUGACGGCGUCGACAUGAGAGCAGAAGUGGGGCUGCUGAGCCGGAAUGUCGUGAUCACGGGCGAGAUGGAGGGGCAAUGCUAUGAGUACAGCAGCAAGUUGUGCUCCUUCUUUGAUUUCGACACCUUCGGGGGACACAUCAAGGUUGGUCUUGAUUUUAAGGCUACACAUAUUGAAGGUCUAGAACUGAAAUACAUGGGCCAGCAGACAAUGGGACAUUACCCAAUUCAUUUCCAUAUGGCUGGAGAUGUGGACGAGAAAGGAGGCUACAACCCUCCAACGUACGUGAAGGAUGUCUCCAUCCACCACACCUUCUCCCGCUGUGUCACGGUCCAUGGAUCCAAUGGUUUACUGGUGAAGGAUGUUGUAGGUUAUGAUGCGCUAGGCCAUUGCUUCUUUACUGAGGAUGGACCGGAAGAACGCAACACAUUUGAUCACUGCCUUGGACUGCUUGUUAAACCUAGCACUCUGCUCCCCUCUGACCGAGACAGCAGGAUGUGCAAGAUGAUCACAGAGGGUGCUUACCCAGGGUAUAUCCCGAAACCCAGGCAGGACUGUAGUGCUGUAUCCACCUUCUGGAUAGCCAACCCACACAACAACCUUGUAAACUGUGCAGCUGCAGGAUCUGAAGAAACAGGCUUUUGGUUCGUUUUGCACCAUGUGCCCACGGGGCCCUCGGCCGGCAUGUAUUCCCCCGGCUACUCGGAGCACAUUCCGAUGGGGACAUUCGCCAACAACCGCGCACACUCCAACUACCGGGCUGGGAUGAUCAUUGAUAAUGGUGUUAAAACCACCCCAGCCUCAGCCAAGGACAAAAGACCUAUCCUGACACUGAUUUCUGGGAGAUACAGCCCACACAAAGACGCUGAUCCUUUGAAGCCCAGGGAACCUGCAAUAAUUGAACGCUUUAUUGCCUACAAGAAUCAGGAUCACGGGGCCUGGCUGCGGGGUGGAGAUGUGUGGCUGGACAACUGCCAGUUUGCUGACAAUGGCAUUGGCCUGACCUUGGCAAGUGGUGGAACCUUCCCUCAUGAUGACGGUUCAAAGCAAGAAAUUAAGAACAGCCUGUUUGUUGGUGAGAGUGGAAACCUGGGCACAGAGACUAUGGACAACGAGAUUUGGGGACCUGGAGGCCUGGAUCACAGAGGAAGGACCUUGCCCAUUGGCCCGAAUUUUCCCAUUCGAGGGAUUCAGUUCUACGACGGACCGAUCAACGUCCAGAACUGCACGUUCCGCAAAUUUGCUGCCCUGGAUGGCAGACACACGAGUGCUCUGGCGUUCCGGCUCAAUAACGCCUGGCAGAGCUGCCCCAACAACAAUGUCACCGACAUUCAUUUUGAAGAUGUCCCUAUUACCUCAAGGGUCUUCUUUGGAGAACCUGGACCCUGGUUCAAUGAUCUGGAUAUGGAUGGUGACAAAACAUCAGUUUUUCAUGAUGUAGAUGGUUCUGUGUCUGAAUAUCCAGGCUCAUACCUUAUAAAAGAAGAUAACUGGUUAAUCAAACACCCUGAUUGCAUUGAUGUGCCUGACUGGAGAGGGUCUAUCUGCAGUGGACACUAUGCACAGAUCUACAUCCAAGCCUACAAGCCAGCCAACCUGAAAAUGAAAAUAAUAAAAAAUGACUACCAUAGUCAACCGCUCUAUCUGGAAGGGGCUUUGAGCAAAAGCACCCAUUACCAGCAGUAUCAGCCAGUUAUAACUCUGAGGAAAGGCUACACCAUCCACUGGGACAAGAUAGCCCCCGAAGAACUGACCAUAUGGCUCAUCAACUUCAACAAGAACGACUGGAUCCAAGUAGGGUUUUGUUAUCCUAAAGGGACAACUUUUUCCAUUCUCUCAGACAUCCAUAAUCGUCUUUUGAAGAAAACAUACAAAACUGGAACAUUCUAUAGAACUUCUCAGAUGGAGAAACUAGAGCACAGAUAUCCUAGCAAAGGAUACUACUACUGGGAUGAGGACACUGGACUGCUGUUUCUGAAACUUAAAGCUCAAAACGAGAAGGAGAAAUUUGCUUUCUGCUCUGUCAAAGGCUGUGAACGAAUAAGAAUCAAAGCUGUGAUUCCAAAGACUGCUGGCAUCAGUGACUGUGAAGCCAUGGCCUAUCCCAAGUACAUUGAGACACCAAUUGUAGACGUCCCAAUGCCUAAGAAGCUAUCUAGUGGACAACUGAAGACUAAGGACCACUUACUAGAAGUGAAAAUAGAAACUUAUAAGAAGCAGUACUUCCACCUAAAGGAUGACUUUGCAUACAUUGAGGUUGACGGUAUAAGGUUUUUCCUGACUGAUGAGGGUAUUCAACUGGUUGUGAUUGAUGGACAUCAUGGAAAAGUUGUUGAUCGAGUAACAUUCAAAAACUCAAUUCUACAAGGAAUUCCAGCGCAAAUAGAAAAUUAUGUCAACAACAUCACAGAUCACUCUAUAGUGCUGGUGACAUCUAAAGGAAGAUUCAUUUCCAAAGGACCAUGGACAAAAGUACUGGAGAAACUUGGAGCAGCAGAGGGUUUUAGGUUAAAAGAAAAAAUGGCUUUUGUUGGAUUCAAAGGCAGCUUCCGCCCUGUCUGGGUGAAGCUGGUCACCGAAGAGGAUUCAGCUAAAAUCUAUCAAGCACUACCAAUUCCUGUGGUGAAAAAAAUGAAAUUAUGAGGACACAAUGCUUUGCCUUCUGGCUACCAGCACUGCCCCCAAUAGAUGGACUACUGACUGCUUACAAGAGGCAAAUUGUCAGAGUGCUCCAGAGAUGUAGCAUUUUGUUGUUGUUGUUGUUGUUUUCAAAAAGAGACCUUACUGUAAGUAGCUAGAGCAGCCACGUGUGACGAAAAAGCAUUCCUCUGUAAUCAGCCUAUGUUCUGUGAUCAUCAGCUACUGUCCUGCUGAUUUGCUCAUUGAUACCAUGUUGACUCUCAUGUUACAAAGCAAGGUUUGCCUCUUUGUUUCUACAAGGUGCUAGUUUUUUAGCACCCUUGUGACCAGUGAAUUUAUGUGCUGCCUCUCAAAGGCUGAGUUCUAGAUCUAAAGGCCGUUGAGAAUUAUUGUUUUCAAUUGUUUCAGCCUCUGAAUUGUCAUAACACUCUUGUUUCAGCCUCUGGCUUGUCAUAACACUCCUUUUCUUUUUCCACUAGCUGCUCACAUAACCAUGGAAUACUAGUUCAAAGGCUGGCUGAAAAUCUAAGAUAAAAAGAGUAUAUUUGAAUGAUUACCCAGAUGCUGGGAAACUUGACUGGACAGUAAGAAUUGACCCUAAAGCUUCAAAGACAUUCGAUCAAGCUCUUUGAGGUCUUUCUGCAUUGUACACGCUAACCCAUGGCACAUAGUUGGGGAAAAAAUGAUAGAGGAGUGAAUAAAGCAUACCAGUAAGGACUGAUGAAACCGUAUCUUUCUGCUUGCUCAGAAAACAGCGGUUCUCCUAUGGAUCUUUUUUUUUUUGUUAACAGUGGUUGCUCAGAUAGGGGGUUUUCCUUAGACGAGCAGCUGUAGGCUAGCAGGAAAGAAGUGUCAAUCAGCACCUACACUUCCUCAGCCUUUCCCAUACAUUCCCUCCAUACAACAAUAUUCAGGACCAAUCUGGAGGGCUUAUGGUAGCCAAAGAGAGCAUCCUGUCCAAGUCUCCAAUUUACAGUUGGGAAUACUAGGUCGCAGCUGACUCUGCCUCAAAUAGGGUGAGUGUUUCACCUUUCCAGGGAGGUCAGAGGGAACCAGGUCAGGCUAGUCUGCUGUGUCUUGCUUUCCUAUUGUGUCCUUAGGAUAAGAGUAUGAGUAUCUUAGGCCUCCUCGAAGAGUUACAUGAGGCUGGCAGGUCACUGAGAUAGGCGUCUUUGAGGUCUUACCAGGUAGCUGAAAAAUUAGAGUGGAAACCCCUGUAACUAGUGGAAUAUCUUGAACCUCCUUUCCCUCUUCUUCAAAGCAUAAUCUUGUCAGCUAAAAAUCUGGCUAACGAAGGCAGAUUAGUGUGUCCUGCUGGGACAUCUCUUGAACUUGGGAAAUUGAACAUUAUCUUGUAAAACUUUGUAAGCACUUAUGGUAUUCAGUGAUAUUUCUAUCUGUUGCUCAUAAACGGAACAGAUAGAUAGAUAGAUAGAAAUCAAAGUGUCUCCUGUGGCUCUGGCUAGUCUAAGAAAUCUAAGGAGGGAUAAAAUGUAGGAAGAAUAGUUUUUCAGAGCACAUAAAAUUGUCAGUUUUGCCAAUUAUGUCUGUGUUUGUUUUUCCCCUUUGCCCCUCUCUUCCACUGCUACUACCAAAAUUUUUCUAGUUGCUGAUGGUUACUUCGUUUUGCUUUGUUUUAGAGCUCUUGUGACUCAGUUGCUUUUUUUCCAUGGUAUCCAAAAUAUAUUAGCUUGUGACUAGAAUGAAAGAGCACUGAUUAUGAGUGCCAUUCCAAAGGCUGGGCAGAUGUCGAACUCCAUAAGCCCUGCCUCUAAUUUUUAGAUCAGUUGCUCUGAAAGACAAAACAGUCAUGAGCAAAAUUCAGAUAGUGCUGUAGGUUACAGGCCCCUCAAGCCUCUCCUGGGUUUUGAAACUGGAAAUGUUCUUUUCAGUCUUAUUAUAUAGUUGUUUUGAACAAGUUGAAUGUCAUGUGUGUUAUAUUUAAGAAAAAGAAAAGAAAAGAAAAGAAAAAAGAAAGGAUCCAAGCUUUCUCUGCCUUGCUUCUCAACAAGAGCCUCUUAAGGAAGGAGUCCUCCCUCCAGCACAAUCAUUUUUACUCUUGAGACAUUUGUGACACUUCCAGAACAGGCAAUGCAUUUAAAAGGCAAAGAAGUAUUUUCCCAAUGUCUUAUGAUGGUUUUGGGAUUUCAUCCUCAAAUCACAAACUAUUCCUUGAAAAAGUUAGUCUCACUUAUGUUUCAACCUUGAUUAUCCAAACCUCACUUAUUUGACAUUCUGUGAUGGCCCAAACAGAGCCAGAUCCCUGAAGUCUAGCAAAUACAGUGAAAAAAAUCAUUGAAUAUGUUUGUUAGUCUGAGUUAUCUAAAUUUAUACACUAUCCUGAGGCAAUUCUGUUCACAUAAUUGCACCUGUCACACUGUAUUAGUGGAACACACAUACUCUCAAGAGAUGGACCAAAACAAGCAUAUUUCUUUCAUGAACAAUUGACAAAACUGCAGAAAGGAGAGCAAGACUCGGAAUGUUUCUGGGUUGGGAUUUGGUUUUCUACACCGCACCAUGGGUGCAGGGAUUGCCCUUUGUGGUGCACUGUUUAACUGGGUCACUAGCAGUUUCCCUUCCCUGCUCUUUGUAUAAGUGUGUGCCCAGGAAGAUCAUGCCACGUGGGUCAAUCCCCUAGACUGGUUUGUUCAACUACUACAAGCAUGUUGCAUUUGUGCUAAACUAUAGCUUCUAAUUUUACAGUUUUUGGAAUUCUCAGGGUGAAAUCAUAAGACUUGGCUCUAGGAAAACUUUUUUUUUUCCUAAAAAAAAUCUUAUCUUAUUAAAAGAAGAGAACUUUUAAGUAGCUUGUUCUAUCAUGCAAGGCUUGUCACAUGGGGCCUGUUUGGAGUUAGGGCUGGGUCUCAUGCUGUGAAUACGUAGUAUAGGAUCAGUGCAGUCUUUUAGGCCUGAUAGAUAAUAGAGCAUCAUAGCAGAGUGUAAUGGGGCAGAUACUCCUGUGAAAUGCAAAGGGCUCCCAUUGACGUUUAUGGGAUGAAGUCAGUGUAUUACUCUGAAGGCAGAAUUUAGCCUAAUAUCAUCAUCAAUCAGCAAUAGUUUUGUGCCAUGUGAUUACUUUUUAAUAUUUGACUGUUCUAGAAUUUGCACUUGCACAUCUUGACUAGUGAAUUAACUGACUGCUUGUAUUUGUACAAUCUUUUAACAGUCCCUGCACAAGCUGCAGUUAUCCUCUUUAUAAGGUUUUACUACCACAUAUAUUCUCAUGUUUGCCCACACACACAGUUGCCAUUGUAAGAGUGAUUUCUUUUUUUUUGAUUGGAUUUUGUUGUUUUGUUUGUUUGAAUGUUUGGUUUUUUGCAUCUGUUCAAAGGCUUAUAUUACCUGUCGCCGAAAUAGCUGGUCCUUUUUCGGAGUUAGAUGUAUAAUGUUUUGUACAUUUUCUUAUAGACUUCCCAAUGAAAAAGAUAGAUAUAUUUUCUAUUUAUUUAUUACAAUGGCACUAAGACAACUAAAUUGCAGACAUAUGAAGCAUUUUUACUGGAGUUUAGCAUUGUCCAGGUUGUUAAGGAGGUCAGCAAUAUGUCUUUUCUGAUAAUCUGCUUUGCACUUGAAAGCUCUCUAUGUCCGCAGAAUGUGGUAAUGCAUUGACUGUCUAUUUUAUGAUGACAAGAGCUCUUGGAACGUUAGUUCCAAAAGUUUGUGGCUUACAACUGAAACAAUAUGUAGUUGUUUGGAAUACACAUUGUUUAUCAAAAUAAAUAUUCAAUGCAAAUUUCUUAUUUUA